AUGACCUCAGUAUCCAAAGUCAAAUCGCUCGAUCAUCUCGUCCUGACUGUCAAGGACCUUGACGCCACCAUUCAAUUUUACCAGGAUAUCUGCGGCAUGGAGCACACCUCCUUCGUGACUGAACCCGGCAUCACUCGACAUGCGUUGAAGUUUGGCACUCAGAAGAUCAACCUGCACGAAACUGGAAAAGAGUUUGAGCCAAAAGCGGAGCGUGUCCAGCCCGGGAGUGGUGACCUGUGCUUUCUGGUGGAGGAAGAUGUUGAAGGCGUCCUGGGACGGCUCAAGGAGAGAGGCAUGACCGUCCUGGAAGGUGCUAAGGUGGUUGAAAGGACCGGAGCUCAAGGCAAGCUGCGGAGUGUUUAUCUUCGAGACCCCGAUGGGAACUUGAUUGAGUAA